AUGACCACUUGUGUUUACAUUUAUAUUUACGGAAAGAUACUCUACCAAGCUUAUGCCAACAACGGCCCCACCUGGCACAUUGUUCUCCCUGCAUCUCUUCUAUUUACUGUAGCCCUCUUCGGCAUUAUCCUCAAUUCUUUCGUUGUAAUAGUCACAAUAGCAACCCCAACAUUGCGCGGAUCAGCCAAUUAUUUAAUGGCUUUAAUUUGUUUUUGUGAGGUUUUACAUGCUUCUGGACAUUCUAUAUUUUUUGUUAUUGCUGUUACUGGAAAGAAUUUUGUUCCUUUAUUUGCUGCUAAUUUGUUAAUGAUUCCUUCAAUUUUCGCUCUAUGUUCUUGUAUGCCUUUAAUGCUUUCCGCCGCUGCUGACAGGCUUUUUGCUGUAGCCAUUCCACAUUUGUGCUUGAAAUCUCUUUAAUUUUAAACUAAUUUUCUUAAACAAAUUAAGACACAAAUCCAUCUGUAUAGAACAUAAACGGGCAUAUCUAGGAGUACAUGCAAUAUUCUGUGCUCUAUGUG